UCCCUGGUUAUAAAAGCCACUGUCAUGAGGGUGCUACCCUGCAGAGAAGCUCAAGUGUCGGUCCGAGAAAGAAACAGAGGAAACAGAAGAUUGCACUUGCUUUCCCCUGGCUGCCCUGCCCUCUCUGUAUAAGCUGUAAUCAUGGCCAAAAACCUGCUGAAAAAUCCCAGUGGGGAAGAGCAGCUGGAAUUCUGGGAUUUAACGGAGAAUGGUGGGAGCCAGUGGAAGGUGGAGGACAUGCCAGGAGACUGUGGCCAUGACUUCAGCAACGACGGAGUGACCAAGUACUUUGCAACCUCGUUUGAGCUGUGUCUGAAGAGACAGGUGAUCGACUUGUUAGCGGAGACAUACUCCUGUGAACAGUUGGACAAUCAGCCAGCCGUCAAAGUGGAAGACUGGUACUGUGGGAGGACAGACUGUGGCUGCACUUAUCAAAUGACCGUGUGUUUGCUGGAUGAGAAUCAAGAGGUCAUACAGGAGUUCCAACCCGAGCCGGUGACUCUUGACCCUGACUGUGACGACUGCUCAUGGAAACAGGUCAGCCAUACAUUUUCUGAGUACGGCCCCGGAAUGCGUUUCAUCUCCUUUGAACACGGAGGACAAGACACCAAGUUCUGGGAUGGUUGGUUUGGAGUGCGGGUCACUGGGAGUUCUGUUACUGUCGAUAUCUGAUCGAGAGGAAAAAGAGUGAUAAGAGAAGGGAACUAAGGAGUAUGAACUACUGAAAGCUGAAGGAGGAAGGGGAGUGGAGGUUGGGGGCACCAGAGUGACAGAGUGUAGGGUUCAAGAUUUCAAGAGGAGCACUUUUACCUUUCGAACCUACUGUAGCUCACACCUCUGUAGAGUGGCUUCAGGAAGUAUUCAGACCCCUUCACUUUUUGAACACUUUGUGUUGUAGAUUUCAUUAUAAACGGAUUAAACUGUCAUUUUUGCCCAUCCGUCUACACUCAAUAAUCCAUAAUGACAAAGUGAAAACGUGUUUUUAAACAUUUUCGCAAAUUCAUUAGAAAUCAAAAACUGGAAUCUCUCAUUUACAAUUGCUGUGGCAGUCUAAACUGUAGUCAGGUGCAUCCUGUUUGCUUUAGUUAUCCCUAUAUUUCUAGAACUUGAGUCAACUUGUGGCAAACUGAAGUGACUGGACAUACAGUAGAUUACAAAGGCAUACACCUGUGUAUGCAAGGUCCCAUAUUCAAACUGCAUGUCAGGAUAAUAACCGAGGCGUGAAGUCCAAGGAACUCUAUGUAGACCUCCACGAUAAAAUUGCGGAUAAGCUUCGAGUGUUCCCAGGAGCACAGUGGCCUCAUUAAUUGUGGAAAGUAAGAAAAUGGGAGAACCAGCUGGUAGCAGCAUGAUGCUAUGGAAGGGGCUUCUCAGCAGCAGGGACAGGGAGACAGGUCAGAAUUUAGGGAAGGAUGAAUGCAGCCAAAUACAGAGAGGUUCUUUAAGAAAACCUGCUCCAGAGUACUUGUGACCUGAGACGGGGGGACAGUUCACUUUUCAGCAUGACAAUGACCGGAAACAUACAGCCAAGAAAACAUUGGAGCGGUGUCGGGACAAGUCUGACUGUCCUUGAGUGUCCCACCCAAAGCCCAGACUUAGACUCCAUGGAAUAUCUGUGGAGAGACCUGAAGAUGUCAGUUCACAGAUGCUUCCCAUCCAAUCUCACGGAGCUUGAAAGGAUCUGCCAGGAGGAAUGGGAUAAACUGCCCAAAUCCAGGUGAUGAAAUCUUAUUAGAGAUUUACCCAAGAAGACUCAAAACUGUAAUUGCUACCAAAGGGGCUUCAACAAAGCACUGAAUUAAGGGUCUGAAUACUUUUGUAAAUGAAAGUCUCAGAUUUUUAUUUUUAAUAAUUUUGCAAAAAAUUUUCUA